GAGGACUGGAUCCGGUGUUCGCUGGCCAUUGCAUGUCACUGCUGCCUACUAGAUUUUAAAUACGUUGUGUAGUCAUCAUGGUUAUCUGAAUAGAUGUUGUUGAAAGCCAAAGUGUAAGGGAGAACUUUUCAAAGACGGCAUGACUCACUGAGCGGUGAGAAGAUCACAAAGUGUACGGGCAUCUGUGUUCACAGGACUAUUUUAAACUGACUUUUCAGUCAGAGGUGCCUUUACAAAGUGUUAUGACCAGGGAAGAAGGUUACAGAGAAGAAUUCAGCUAUGACAGAAUGCCAACUUUGGAGCGGGGAAAGCAAGAGAAUGGAAAUUAUAUACCGGAUAUCAAGUCCAGUGACCUUCAGCUAUCAAAGAGGCUGCACCCUUGCUUUAUUUACAGAACAUGGAUCUUUUCCUUGCUGAUGGGUACUUGCCUCCUUAUUACCUCUGGGUUUUCACUGUAUCUGGGAAAUAUUUUUCCAUCUGAAAUGGAUUAUUUACGUUGCGCAGCAGGUUCAUGUAUUCCUUCAGCAGUUGUGAGCUUUGCUAUAGCAAGGAAUAAAAUUAAUGUGAUACCCAAUUUUCAGAUUCUGUUUGUCUCUACAUUUGCUGUUACAACAACAUGUUUAAUUUGGUUUGGAUGCAAACUUGUCCUGAAUCCAUCAGCUAUAAAUAUAAAUUUCAACUUGAUUCUACUUAUUCUGCUGGAAAUCUUCAUGGCAACUACUGUGAUCAUUUCAGCUAGAUCUACUGAAGACUGCUGUAUGAGAAAGAAAAAUACCACAUAUGAUAGUACCAUUGUUAUGAGUAAUGUCAGCUUUCCUACCCGAAUUCUGAAGUCAUACUCAGUAAUUGAAGUGAUUAUUGGAAUUUCAUCAGUAUUUGGUGGCAUAAUUGCUUUAAAUAUGGAUGUUCUAGUGUCAGGUCCAUACCUUUCAGUAACAUUCUUUUGGAUCUUGGUUGCUUGCUUUCCUAGUGCUAUUGCAAGUCAUGUGGCUGCUGAAUAUCCAAGUAAAUGUCUGGUUGAGGUCCUGAUUGCCAUUAGCAGUGUCACAUCCCCAUUGUUGUUUACUGCUUCUGGAUACUUAUCCUUCAGUAUCAUGCAAGUUGUUGACAUCUUUAAAAAUUAUCCACCUGCUGUUAAACAGUCUUAUGAUGUACUACUGUUGCUUCUGAUGUUGAUGCUGCUAAUUCAGGCAUGCCUUACUAUUGGAACUGUAAUACAGUGUGUAAAUUACAAGACAAAAAUGAAACUGCAGGAUUCGUCCUGGACAGAAUCACAGGUUAAAAAACAGGAGUACAGAACUACAGAGGUUUCCAAUAAUACCUUAAAGGAUUUUGACAAAGACAAAGCCUGGAAAGCAGUUGUGGUGCAGAUGGCUCAGUAGUUUGGAUUCUGCAAAUAAAGCCACUACAGUACAAUCCAACCCAAUAAAUCUAUUGUUGGAAUUAAGGCUUAAAAACUUUUCAGUUCAUAAACAGCAACAUAGUUACAUCAGUAGGAGCCAAUGAAUAACACAAUAAAUAUUGCCUUUCUAAUCAUUUUGAAAUAUGAUAACAUUUUUAACAAAUCUGUCUUUUCUGUUGGUAUCUGCAUCUUAGUCUUUCUUUUAAAGUUAUCAUUGGGGAAAAAAGUAAUGACUCACACGCUGAUAGCAAAAUAAAAUAUGACUGUAUGCAGUAGGCUUCAUGUGUUUGCAAGAGAUUGUAAUAACUGCAGUUAUGCAGUCAGUGUAACUGAUAAAUGCUUUUGUAAAGUUAUGAAUACAAAUUAUAAUUGUUAUUUCUGCUUAUACUUCACUUUUGUAGGAGUUGUAAAGUUCUUUUUCAUUUCGUUGCUUUUAUAUAAAUAAAAGUCUUUGUUAUCUGAAAGCUCAAGGGUAUGAAUUGAUGUGCUAACUGUAGAGGUGAAAAUAGAAUAAUUUCUCAAAUUAAGCUUCAUCUUCUGACUUUAAAGGGAGAAAGGGAGUUUUGCUGUCCAAAAUCAAAGUAAAAGUAAAAAAAAACCAAACAACAAACAGAUACAGCCAAAUAAGCAGAGAUACCACUGAUAGGAGUUUUUUCACACCUGAAAAUGUAUGUUUGG